AUGGAAGAAAUAUUUAAGAGCCUACUGGGCAUGACUUAUGUCUCCGACCCAAAUGCCAGUGACUCCAUCACUAAUUAUACAAAGAAAAGCGCAGCCGCCUCAACAGAUACCGCUGUUCCCGCCGCCGCCAGAGCGGCGAACAAGAGGUCUCUCAAAGGAAAUGGUGGCUCCGGUGGAACAAUGAGGGACAUUUACUGCAUCCGCCAUAAGUUUGGCCAAUCUUCUAACUGGUCAUCGCUAGCAAAUCAACAUUUCGAUGACUUCUCCAUUGGGUCUUCUGCUCAAAGAAAUGCUUCUCUGAACAUGGUUUUAUUCCGCAACCUCUUGAAUUCAUCUCUCCACGCACCGCCUCCUCAGUCUCUGGCGGACUAUAUUCCAUUAGUCCACGGAAAUGCUUCCUCUUCUUCGAUUUCUUUCACUUUUCCAGCUAAUUCAAGCAUUUUUCCCUGUACAUCUUUGUUGAAAUCCUUUACCAACAACAUUACUCGAAGCACAACCGAUAGCGUAUCCAAUUCUUUCACUGACACAACCAUGACGCACACUCUCAAGGAAACCGUCGAUGAUAUGGAAUUCUUCCCGCAGGAGCCUUCAGAUUCCGGCUUGUUGCAGGAAAUAAUUCAAGGGUUCUUACCGAAGAAAUCAGGUGAACAUAAAGUUACCUCGAACUGCACUCAGCAUUCAAUAGCAGUUCCUGUAACCGAGUUGAAGAAUGAACAUUUAGGUUUUUAUAAUGCUGAUUACAAUUAA